UAAACUUUAUUUAAAGGAAGAAGAUGGAGCUGACCAGCCUGAAGGGCAUUCGGAAGGAGAGGAACGUCAGUGAGUCCAAUCCUCUCCACCUUUGGGAAGGAGUUCAUGGAUCAGCUUUGCACUUUUGUAUAUAGCAACUGUAUGAAUUAAAAAUUUACAUCCAGUUGAUGUUUAAAUUGAUCAUUAUCGGAGUCGAAAUGUCACAUUUUACAAAAGAUGCCAGUCUGGACAAGAAGCCAUCACAUUUGAGGUGGGGGGGUCACAGGUUUACGCAAAGAGCCAAAGAAUUGGCCCCAGUACUGAUGGCUAGUGAUGUAGGGGGGUCCUGGCUACCUCGGGGCCACUGCCCCCCUACCAUGAUCAAUCUCACCAUCACAUGCAGCACUAUAAAUGAAUCUGUGGCCCCGUGAUCAGUCACACAUUCCGCUACUUUGUGCCGGUCGCUCCCUAGGGUUUGACACCUCCCAGAGCGCCUCGAUCGGGGCCGUGCGCUGGACCCUUCCGGAAGAGGACACCCAGGCCCACAGCUCGGUGCCCACCACCUUCAAGAAUAACUCCGCCUCCAGAGCAAACGGACUGAGGAACCUGCGAAGUCUUCAGGACUGCGUAAAGUUCAUCAACCAGUGGAAGGAGCAAGUCGACCAACUCUGCAAGGGCGGCGCAGUGGCCGAGAGCACCAGUAGGGCGGCGGAAGCGGACCCAGGCACCACGCACAGCCUGGAGGAGUGCAGACGACUCAUCCUACAGUGGGCGAAGGAGCUGAAGCAGGUGGACAUGAUGAUCUCCCCGUGCUUCGAGGAGGAUGAGGAUGAAGGGAAGGAGAAGCAGGAGUGCAGGAAGGAGAAGGCAGAGCCCCUGCAGCAGAGGAUCAUGGAGUGGGCAAAGGAGCUGCAGACUGUGUCGGAGAACUGUGGCAUCCCGCAGGAGGAACUGGCUAAGCUGCUCCGUCACCUGGAAGUGAGGAAGAGGAGGCUGAUGAGCCUUCUUCCCUUCCUGGAGUUCAUCACCUGGUGUCUGCUGAAGGAAGACAGUAGGACAUCCAUCCCCAAGCUCUGGCUCCUGACCAAACAGCGCACCUGGAAAGUUGGGACACGGAAUUACAUUCCAAAUUCAGUUUGGAGCUGGAUCUGCAGUGCGGCAGAGGAGGUUACCCUGGACCCCCUGACCAACCACCCCUGGCUCCAGCUGUCGGACGACCGCAAACGGGUGCAGGAGGGCCUGUCAGCGGCAGAGCUGCCCUUCAGCACCCAGCGCUUCGACGGCUGGCCCUGCGUCCUCGGCUGGGAGGGCUUCUCGUACGGCCGCCAUUACUGGGAGGUGGACCUGGCCAACAAUGGCUACUGGCGCCUAGGCCUGACCACGGGCUCAUCCAAGCGGCAUGGCCGCUUCCCCAUGGCGCCCUCUGCUGGAUUCUGGACGCUGUGGAAGAGCACGCGGCAGUUCUACGCUUGCACGACGCCGGAGACGCCUCUGCCGCCCGACAUGGCGCCCCGCCGCGUCGGCGUCUACCUGGACUACGAGGAGGGUCAGAUCUCCUUCUACAAUGCCGACGCCAAGUCGCACAUCUACACGUUCAUCGACACCUUCCGCGAGACCCUCUACCCGCUCUUCGCCCCGCUGGAUGGACGCACCCUCAUCACCGUCUCCUGCCCGAAAGCCACUGGCGCCCCCUAGUGGAGCCCUCCAACCCCCAGCGACACUCCACUCAGGAACUCGGAAUUACAGGCCAAGCUCACCCUCCACCCCCAAAACACCCAGAGGAUUCGCACGAAAAGCGAUCACCCUGGCAAAGCUGC